ACAUUAAGGAACGGCGCCCGGCAGCGGCUGCGGGCAGAACCGAGCGGCAGCAGCCGGGCCGGGCUCUCCCGGGCCGGUACCGGCAGCACCGGAGCGUCCCCCGAGCGGUGCCGGUACCGACGGAACCCCCCCGGCAGCGGGGCCGGGCCGCGAGCAGCGCCCGGAGCUCCCCCGGCCCCGGCAUCGCUGCGGAUGGAGGCUCGGAGCGAUGGAUGGAGCCGGGGAUGGAGCGGCUGGAGCGGCCACCAGCAGGGCCCGGGGACGACUUUGUGCAGGAACAUCUCCGCCGGGGAAAUCAGGAAUAUAAGGGCAUGUAAUCCUGCCAGAAGCCUCUCCCCUGUUUAUUUUCCUCUUCCCACAUCCAUGCUGGCAACUUGGGGGAAUAAUUUAAUAUAAAGGCGAGCAGGGAGAGCAGAGGCAGUUGCAGAACGGCGUGAAGGUAACCUUGAGCUGAGCCCUAUAAACCCCGGCCUCCGUCAAGGCAGGAUUAAAGAAACUUUCCUGGCAAUCCAGAGCUGGGAAUCACAGCGUGGCACUGGGAAUCACAGCCCCGGGCUGCCCCCGGCCAGCCUGGCUCUGUCACACUGCACCUUCUCAUCCGGUGGAGAUUUCUUGCCCUGGGAGUGAGCUGAAAGGGGUUCCCAUGAACAAAGGGUCCCAGGCAGCAUUCCAGGCUCCAGGCGCGUCCAGGGACUUUUCAUUCUUUGUCUGAAAGGGUAGCGGUGCCGUUCCCAUCCGAGCGAUGCCUGACGGAGCCGGUGCCGCCGGCAGCGAGGAGCGGUGGCAGCUGAUCGGCUUUCAAAUCACCUUCAAACCUCGAUUUCCUUAACAUGAUCCCUCCAUCAGCGCAGUCCCCCGGGCACAGCCGCGGGGCUUGGCUGGCAGGAGAAUAAACCGGGGCUGGAGGUGACAGCCAGCGCUGGAAUACCCCGGCCACGACGCGGGGACCCAAAAUCCACCUUCCCCAGCACGCCAGGACUUUUUAGGGUCGAGUAACAGAUUUGCACGACCUCUCCUUGCAGCCCUCAGCCCAUCUGCUCGCCGGGAUUCACCUCCAAUCCAGGCGGGAUAAUCGGAGCAUCCCUGGAGCCGCCUCGCAGCUUCCCCGCGGCUCCGGCAGCCGCGGAAGGGAUGAAGACGCUAUGGCCAAGCUUUUGCUAAAACUCCAGCGGUAUUUUCGGCGCAAACCCGUGCGUUUCUUCACGCUGCUGGCUCUGUACCUGGCGGCCGGCAGUUUGGUUUUCCUGCACUCGGGUUUUUCGGGGGAGCCCACGGUGCCGGGGAGCCCCCGCAGCCCCGCGGCCGCGGAGGGGCCGGGACUGCCCUACCUGGGGGUGAUGCAGCUCAGCCGCGGAUUCAAGGCGGCAGCCACGAUACCGGCGGGGAGCCGACGGCACGGGGCAUGGUUCAGAAACACCUCCAAGGAGCCGUCGGACAGGGGAAAAUCCCGGGAGAACAGCGGCACCCGGAGCCGGGCGCUCAGGGGCAGGAGCGGCAGAGAGAAGGAGGAGGACAGAGCUCGGUACAUCGGCUGCUACGAGGACAACACGCGGCAGAGGACCCUGCGCGGGAUGUCCUUCUUCGACUACAAGAAGAUGACGGUGUUCCGUUGCCAGGACAACUGUGCUGAGCGGGGGUACCUGUACGCAGGGCUGGAGUUCGGGGCCGAGUGCUACUGCGGGCACAAGAUCCAGGCCUCCAACGCCAGCGAGUCCGAGUGCAACAUGGAAUGCAAGGGAGAGAGGAGCAACACCUGCGGCGGCGUCAACCGGCUCUCCAUCUACCGCCUGGAGCUGGCCCAGGAGUCUGCAAGGAGGUAUGGAAGCGCGAUAUUCCGGGGGUGUUUCCGCCGGCCGGAAAACGUCUCCAUCGCCCUGCCCGCCAGCCAGCUCAUGCUCAACAUGUCCGUGGAUAAAUGUGUGGAUUUCUGCACAGAGAAGGAAUUCCCGCUGGCAGCGCUGGCAGGCACCACGUGCCGCUGCGGUUUUCCCAGCACGCUGUUCCCGCUGCACGAGCGCGAGGACGAGCAGCUCUGCGCCCACAAAUGCGCCGCCGAGGAGUUCGAGAGCUGCGGCUCCGCCGAGUUCCUGCUGGUCUACCAGACACAAGUGCAGGACAAUCGCUGCAUGGACAGGAGGUUCCUGCCCAGCCGUGCCAAGCAGUUGGUGGCCCUGGCCAGCUUUCCUGGAGCUGGGAACACCUGGGCCAGGCACCUGAUCGAGUUGGCCACCGGCUUCUACACCGGCAGCUACUACUUUGAUGGCUCCCUCUACAACAAAGGAUUCAAGGGCGAGAGGGAUCACUGGAGGAGUGGCAGGACCAUUUGCAUCAAGACCCACGAGAGCGGGCAGAAGGAGAUCGAGUCCUUCGACUCGGCCAUCCUGCUCAUCCGCAACCCCUACAAGGCGCUGAUGGCCGAGUUCAACCGCAAGUACGGGGGGCACAUCGGCUUCGCCGCCCACGCCCACUGGAAGGGCAAAGAGUGGCCAGAAUUUGUGGCCAACUACGCCCCGUGGUGGGCAACCCACACGCUGGACUGGCUGCGCUUCGGGAAGAAGGUGCUGGUGGUGCACUUCGAGGACCUCAAACGCGACCUGUUCGUGCAGCUGCAGAGGAUGGUGGCACUGCUGGGUGUCACAGCCUGCGAGGACAGGCUGCUGUGCGUGGAGGGACAGAAGGAUGGCAACUUCAAGCGCUCGGGGCUGCGCAAGCUGGAGUACGACCCCUACACCGCCGAGAUGAGGAAGGCGAUCGGCGGCUACAUCCGAACCGUGGACGCGGCGCUGAAGCUCCGCAACCUCUCCGGGGUUCCUGAGGAUUAUUACCCCAGAUGAUGGUGACCACGGCGGGGGGACUGAGCCCUGCUUGCCCAGUGUCCUCCCAGCGAUUUCUGGCGAAUUCCACCCAGUGGGUGGCUCCUCUUUUAACCCUCCGUGCGCUGCUGUAGCUGUUGGUCACUCCCUGCAUGAGCCGCCACAGGUCCCCAGCUACUGCUGAGCUUUUUAUUUGUGGCCAACCUGGGGAUGUGGGUGCCUUCCCUGCUCCUGCUCAGCCCUCCUGGGAUGUGAAAUGGGAUGUUUGUGUCCCCUCAGGCUGUUCUGGGGAUGCUGAGCUGCUCAGGCCAUGCCUGAGCUUCCCCAAAAUCCCAACCCUGGAAGGAUUCCACUCAUCCUUGGAUGGAAUCUUCAGCCUUCCCAAGGGAGGAUGGACCAAGGGCGUGGCACCUGGAUCCUGCCUGAGGUUAUAGGAUGGACAAGCCCGUGGUGGCUGUGGCCCCUUGAGCCAGCCCAUGGCUCCCUGAGAAUUCCCUGGAAUUCCCUAGCCACAGCACCAGGCAAAAUUGCUGCUCCAACCCCCACCAGCAGUGGAAGUUCCCCUUUCUCGUGGAUGCUGCUCCAGAGGGGGACGAUUUUCCUGGACACACGAGCUCACCCAGGCCUCAUUUCAGAGCCCACGAGCCAGAACAGCCCCUCAGGAGCAUUUUUGGGGGGCCAGGAGCAGUUUGGGGGAUCAGGAGCAGGGUCCACACCGCACCCCAGCUGCACCUGGGGGGAGCAAACCCUGGGGCUGAGCUUUGGGGUGUCCCAAAGCCAAACCAAAGGAUCCCACCCACCGGGAAUGUGCCGAAUUCCAGGCUGGCUUUGUGCACAGCUGCAUGUGGUCCCUGGCUGUCCCCUCAUCCCACGCCACCCUCCCCAUCCUGCCUUUGCCCCAAACGAGCUCCCCAAAGCUCCCAACCCGCAAGACCCCCUUGGAUGUAGGUGCAAAAGCCAUAUAUUGUACGCAGCCUUUUCUAGAGUUAGAGAUUCACCAGUUGGCUUUUAACUCUUGAUCCUGAUAGAAAUGCAGGCACAGCUCGAAGCCAGAGAUCCUGCUUGGUCUCUAUUCCAAGAGAGAAGAAAACUCCCUGGAGACAAAAAGGAGAAUUUCAAUAAAAAUCUAUUUUUCUAAGG